CAGCAGUUGGGUUGAUGCACUCAGCACCGCAAACGGAAGGCGGUCUGAGGCAUUUCCUCAACUGUUACCACCCAGGACUUCCCCAAAUGGUUUGAAGCUGCCGAAUGCGGAUCAGUUCAUCCCUUGUCGCUGUAGCCGUUCAUUUUCAUUUUAGUGUCUCCCGUUAGCGAGACAGCGAGCCGUACAGAAGGCUCCAGACCCAGGGGAAGCUCAAAAAAGAAACAAAAAUGGCACCUUCAUCAGCCCCCAUCCCCAUCACCAUCGUCACGGGCUUCCUGGGCUCGGGCAAGACGACCCUGAUCCUGAACCUGGUGCCGCAGCUCAAAAAGGCCAACCCGGACUACAAGCUCGCGCUGCUCAAGAACGAGUUCGGCGACCUGGCCGUCGACUCGCAGCUGGCCUCGUCGGGCGCCGUGUCGGGCGUGCAGGAGUUGCUCAACGGCUGCAUCUGCUGCAACCUGGUCGGCCAGCUGGGCGACGCCCUGGCCGAGCUGCAAAAAUCGGUGCGCCCGGACCGCAUCGUGGUCGAGACGUCGGGCUCGGCCUUCCCGGCCACGCUGGCGCUCGAGGUGAACCGGCUGGCGCGCGAGACGGGCGGCCGGUACGCGCUCGACGGCGUCGUCAGCGUCGUCGAUGUGGAGAACUGGAAGGGCUACGAGGACACGAGCUACACGGCCCGCCUGCAGGCCCGGUACACGGACCUCGUCGUCUUCAACAAGUGGGAGUCAUGCGACGAGCGCCGCUUCGACGAGUGCCUCGACCGCCUGGGCGACCUCGAGGUCGACGUCGCCUGGACCAAGAGCAGCAAGGGCUGGGUCCCCAUCGACCUGGUCUUUGGCAUAGACGGCGGCCUCGCCCAGGUGCUGACAUCGGAGAACGGGGUGGCUACCAACGGCCACGCCCAUGGCCACGACGGCCAUGCUCAUUCUCACGGUGACGACAACCACCAGUCCGAGGUCGAGGUGCUCUCCGUCUCACUCUCCGCCACAGACGGCCCCGCAGCCGCCGUGAACCCAGACAAGCUGCUGUCCCUCCUGAAAUCGGCGCCCAAGGACGAGGUAUACCGCAUCAAGGCCGUGCUGACCGCGGCCGCCCCCGUAGCGCCCUCGUGCCUCAAGGGCUCCGACGCCGACGCUUCCGCCGAGGCCGAGCCCGGCCCGGGGAGAUACAUACUCAACUGGGCCUUUGGCAGGUGGACCUACACAGCCGUAGCUGACGGCCAGAGCGAGCACGAGUCAAGCGACCGCGUGCCGCUGCGCAUGACGCUGAUCCUGGCCCGCUACGAGAGCACCAAGUGGAAGAAGAGGCUCGAGGCGGGAGACUUUUUUGAGCUAGACGGCGCCAAGGGGCAGCUUACGGUGACCAAGAUCGCGUAGAGUUGUGCCGCGAGAAUGCGGUUCGAAAAGCUGAUGAUAGAUGGCUAUGAUGACUUUGGACGGCGAUAGAGUAGAAGCACGGGUGGAGUUUCGCAAGGGGUUUUCUACUUUGGUUUCUACUUUCAAAAUGCGUUUCUUGUAACUUAAAGAUUUUCAUAUCAGGAAUGGGGUGGUAUAGAUAACUCGGAUAGCCCCCUUGAGCGGGAGCCCACAACAGGCGGGCGGGAGUAUGAGCAUGCUGCAGUCUAUUCUCAGACUAAAUGAACAAGGUUGGCUCCUCGCGGCGCUUCGGCA